AUUAUGAUUAUGACAACACAACACACAACAGAGCAAGAAUGGUUAUGACGAAAACAAUAAGAAAGUUAAUUUUCCGUUUAACUUAAAGUGUUCGCGUUUGUAAUUAAAGUAUUUGCAUUUUAUUAUUAAUAACCACCACUGUUGCAAAGAAUUUGUGCAAAAAUACGGAUACUUUAGUGCUGUAGUAAAUUGUAUUACGCGUGAAGUUGCAAUGAUAAAUAGUGAAAUUCAAAUUACGUUUUGUUAUAUUUAAUUAAUUUCAUUAUAUAUCUCAGUUUUUAGCAAAAUGGAUAGUGAUAUUCUUACAACUUUAAAAAUCUUGAUUAUUGGAGAAAGCGGAGUUGGAAAAUCAAGCUUGCUUUUGCGUUUUACUGAAGACAAUUUUGAUCCAGAACAAACACUUACCAUUGGUGUAGAUUUUAAGACAAAACGACUUAAUAUCAAUGGUGAUACAGUAAAACUUGCAAUAUGGGAUACUGCUGGACAGGAACGUUUUCGAACUUUAACCCCCUCAUACUAUCGAGAUGCCCAGGGUGCUAUCCUCGUCUAUGAUGUUUGCAAUAGGAUGACUUUUGUUAAACUCGAAAAUUGGCUAAGUGAAUUAGAAAUGUAUUCUACAAAGAGUAAUAUUAUUAAAAUGAUUAUUGGUAAUAAAAUUGAUCGAGAAGAGAGAGAAGUCAGUAGAGAUGAAGGAGUAAUUUUUGCAAGAAAACAUCAGACUCUUUUUGUGGAAACCAGUGCAAAAACUAAAGAUGGGGUACAGUGUGCAUUUGAAGAACUUGUUGAAAAGAUUAUUCAGACCCCUGAUCUCUGGGACAGUUAUUCUCCACAGAAUAAUGUUCAUGUUGGAUUGAAGGAUCACCCUGAGGAUUCAUCAUGUAGUGGAUAUUGUGAUUUGCUUUAGUAGAACUAGUUUUAACUUUAUCCUUUACUGAAAAAAUGUAUAUACAUUAAUGCAUAAUUGUAUUUAAAAUCUUGUCAUUUAUCUUUUUCUUUUAAAGUUCUAGUGAAUCAGUAUGUUUAAACAUUCAGUUAACUACUGUAUUAUGAUUUAUAAGAAAAUUAUCUCCAUUCCAGAUAAUUA